UCUAGUGCUAGUGUCAGUGAAUCCGUCACUGGCAUUGUUUCUUUCUUAACGUUUUGUCGUCUGCCAACUCUUACGUUUCUAGUUUCUUCAUUUCUUGAGAAUAUAUACCCAUCCAGUUCUAUAGUUUUAUCUCUUAAUCAGGAUUUUCCUUGUUUUACCAAAACCAAGGACUUAAUUCUUGAGUUCAGCUAAACUCAUUUAUCUUUUUUCAUUUAUAAUUUAGUUGGAAGUACAGUAUUCUGUGUUUAACUCUCUUUCAAUUGUUUAACUUACACAUCGUCUGAGGAAGAGUAAACGAACCUCUGUGUGCAUGGGGGCUGACGACGAUAGUUUAGUUUUGAAAUAAAGUGAGCGUAAAUAAUAGUCAUCUUAGGCCUACUAUUAUGUUCAAGGAAGUUUAAGGCUCCAAUAUCCAUCCAUCCUCUAUAAGUUUUCCGGGUAGCCGGGCUAAACUUAUGUUUAGGCCCUAGCAUACAAGUCAGGCCUAUAUUAAAAUUCUUUGCGAUAGCUAUACGUAAGGCCAAGGUAGGGUAUAGGCCUACCUAUUCUACAAUUUAAAGUCACAGACUUUUAUUUGACUUUAUACAUUUCUGCCCCAAUUCUACCGAGCCAAUUCUUUAGAAUUUCUUAACAUGGGUGCAUAUUACAAGUGUGUUGUCAUUUGUAUUUACGUUUUUUACAACAUUAUAUCAUUUAUAAGUGCAGAGAAAGAGCCUGUUGAGGAUGAAAUCAUAAAAACGGACUCUAUUACUCCAUCACCUAUGUCAGCAGUUGAGCUGCCAACGCUGGAGCAGCCGUCAGAGAUCACUCUUCCAGGCUUCAUUCAUGCCUUCGUCGCAUCACUGUCCGUCAUUAUUGUCUCUGAGAUCGGAGACAAAACCUUCUUCAUAGCUGCCAUUAUGGCAAUGAAGCACUCGAGACUGACUGUGUUUUUGGGAGCGAUAUCGGCCCUUGUUCUCAUGACCAUCCUAUCAGUGCUGUUUGGUUGGCUGGCAACUGUGAUCCCUCGCAACAUCGUCUACUACAUCUCUACUGCGCUGUUUGCCAUAUUUGGUGUCAAGAUGUUGUGGGAAGGCUACCACAUGCCUCCUGGUGGGGCCCAAGAAGAGAUGGAGGAGGUUCAUGCCGACUUGCGUAAACGAGACGAUGAGGCGGGCGUGGAGGUUGCGGACAGCCAACCGGAGGUGGUGGUGGGGGAGACCAAGAUUGUGGACGAGGGGGAAGGGGAAGUCAAGCCUAGCGACUCUGAACCAGACGCGCCCAAGAUAGAGAAGGAGGUUCAUAUGAUGAACACAGACCCAGAGAGCGGUCGUAGGAGGAGACAGAAUAUUCUCAAGGUAGUGUCUCGUAUUUUCCUUCAAGCCUUCACACUGACAUUCCUCGCAGAGUGGGGCGACCGAUCACAACUCACAACGAUCGUCCUCGCAGCUCGAGAGGACAUCUAUGGAGUGAUGUUAGGAGGUGUAGUAGGUCACUCCCUGUGCACGGGAAUAGCAGUCGUUGGUGGUCGAUUUGUAGCUCAGAGGAUAUCUGUCAGAACUGUGACAAUAAUCGGUGGUGUGGUGUUUCUCAUCUUUGCCCUAUCAGCUCUCAUCUUCAACCCCCUCAGUGAUGACAAGGUUUCGUCAUAACACCCCUGUGUUGCCGCCAGUGGCAGUGGCAACAGCUCUCAUUUUAACAAAAACUAUUGUUAGGUCACCAGGGUUAUUUCUUACACUCUACUAGGUUUGAGUCUUGAGGUUUGAGUUUUUACUGAGAAAAUGAUUAUUUAUUUGCAUCACUAAAGUGAAUCAUCCAAAAAAUUAUAACCGUUUCACAAUACAAUUAAUCAUUUAGCACAAUAUAUCUGAUUUUUGAAAUAUUUGCUAUAAUUUUAGCAAUUUUCAUUUAAAAUUCCAUAGAACCCUCAGUAGUUAAAUGAUGGUCAACUCUUGCAACAAUGCUAUCAUGCUUUUAGGAUAUGUUUUAAACAGUAACAAAAUGUGUUUUCAUUGUGUCUGCUCAGUCUAUAUGAGUUAGUUGAUUUUAAAAUUUUUCUAGUUUUCAACAAUAGCUUUCUCCACUUAAUAGCACAUAAUAAAUGUUACUCUACGCUUAUUUAGUUUUGUCUUAGUGAAAUUUUAUUACUACCUAUUAAUAAGUUACGUUUUUUAGUGAAAUUUGCUUGAGUUUUUUAUCUCAAUUUUUUUAGAUGCAUGUACUAAAAAUAGUAUUAUGUUGUCACGCAGUACAAAUCAAUCUAACUUUUCUGAGGUAAUUAUAAUUUAAGAUCCUAGUUGCAAAUUGUUGUUGCAGGAAUAACAUUUAAUGAUAAAUGUAAUCUAUCCUGCAUAAUGUUUUAGAUACUGUAGGCCUAUAUUAUUUACUAUCCUUUGGAAUAUUGUCUUUGUAUGCCAAUUUAUUUAUGAGAUUCAGAAUAAAUGACUAAACUGUAUUCAGAAAACUUAAUAGACGUUUAUUGGUAUUAGGUAAUUUUUUUUAAUUACUGGCAUUGCAUUUAAUUUUUGUUGAAAAAGUUAAAAGAUAAAUAAAAUGAAAUUGUUACAUUUUAUAUUUAAAAUGUUACCUUAUUUUUCUAACAUGUACAUAAUAAAAUAUACUUAGUAUGUGUAAAUAUUGUCAGCUAACAUAAAUACUUCAUCUUCACACUAACUUAUUUAAUUUAGGAAGUGACUGUGAUUGGUAUUUUAGUUCUAUGAACUUCAAAAGUAAUCUGUAAUCUUAUGUGUAAUAUUGUAUAUAUGAUAAGCUAGUAUCAUUUUUCUUUGUUAAUCAGUAUUGUGUUAUUUAUUAAUGAUGUUUUGAGUUCUAUUAAACAAUAAACACCAGUUUAAAUGGCAAAUACAUUUUUUGUAUUUA